GUUAAAAAUUUGAACACAGCACACUAAAGAUUGAACAUGCUUGUGUAUUUACAUUCUUUGGUUAUACAUAUUUGUUCUUUAAUUUAAUAAUCACCUUUUGCAUAACAUAUGGUAUAAUAUUACAAGAGUAUAUGAUGACUAAAAAAAAGAAGCUUUUUGAUGAGGAAUCUGAUGAGGAAGUUACCUUAAAAACAGAAAACGAAUACGCCAAAAAGUACGACACCUGGCGAGAAAAAGAAGAAUUGUAUAAACUGGAACAAAAAUAUGGUUCCAAAGCACUUAACUCGGAUGCGUCUGUCGCUUCUGACAGUGAAGACGAAAGUGACGAGGCUCCAGAAAUAUCGGAGGAAGUGGAGAAGCAGUUCCUGAAGACCCUAUCACUGUUGAAAACCAAGGACCCUAGAAUCUAUGACCCCAAUUACAAAUUCUUUGAUGAGAGAGUGGAGAAGGAAAAAGAAAAGGAACCAGAGACUAAAAAGUUAACUUUUGGUGAAAGUGAUGAUGACGAAGAUGAUGGAAAUAUCUUUAGCAUUGAGAAGAAGGCGGAUAUAGAGGACCCAGGGGGUGAUGCUCAGGAGCUGAAGGAUCAAAAGAGUGACCUCAAGGCAUUCCUGACGGGGAGUGUAGAGCAUGUGGAGGAUGAGGCUGAGCUGGCUCCGUUGCGUGCUCUGUGGAGCGACCCAAACCUCAACGAGGGAGAGGCCUUCCUGAGAGACUACAUAUUGAAUAAAAGAUACCUCGAGGACGGUCCAGCAGCAGCGAGCCAGCUCCGAGACGACGAGGAGCUGGAGGAAGACGAGAAGAGAGUCGAGGAACAGGGGCAGUUCGAGAGAGCCUACAACUUCCGCUUCGAGGAACCCGACCAGGAGUUUUUGAAACGCUUUCCCCGCACAAUGAACCACAUCCGGCCCAAAGAUACGAGCAGAGCCAAAAAACGAGCCGAAGUGAAAGAGAGGAAAGAGAAGGAGAAACAGAGGAAGAUGGAGGAGAUCACGAGGAUGAAGGCGCUCAAGUUGAAGGAAAUCAAGGAAAAGAUCGCUAGGAUCAAGGAAGUCACCGGCAACGAGGAGCUGGCGUUCAGGGAGGAGGACAUAGAAGGCGACUUCGACCCCGAGGAACAUGACAGAAGAAUGAAGGCUCUGUUUGAUGACGAGUACUACGGAGAUGUGGACGAACAGAAACCAGUGUUCCCUGACCUGGACGAGGAGCUGGAGAUCGAGAACUGGGAUAAAUACGAGCAUGAAGAGAACGCUCCUGACGAGAAUGAGCAUGACGGACCACAUUGCGAGGACGAGGACUUUAAUAUGGACGCAGACUACGACCCGAAGAAGGCGAGGGAGACUUUACUGGAGGAACUGACGAGCAACAUGGCCAAGAAGAAACGGAACAGGAAGAAGAAGUCCAAGCUGGCCGAGCUGCUCUCGGAACAGAAACCUAAGUUCGUACCGGAGGUGGACAAGACAUACUCCCAGUACAUGGAGGAGUAUUACAAGAUGGACUGCGAAGACAUCAUCGGAGGGGACCUGCCCACCAGGUUCAAGUACAGGCAGGUCGUCCCCAAUAACUACGGCCUGACUGUGGAGGAGAUCCUUCUGGCGGACGACAAAGAGUUGACCCAAUGGGUCCCUCUCAAGAAGAUCGUCAAGUACAGACCAGAGAAUGUUGAGAAGAGUGAAGUUCACUCAUACACACAGAAAGCGGCCGACGAUAGGCUCAAGAAGAAGAUACUGCCCAGUCUGUUCCGAGGAGUGCCGGAUGAACCAGAAAUAGUUGUCCCAUUAGAGAAGCUAUCAAAAAAGAAGAAGAAACAAGAAGAUGUAGAAAAUAAUGAAAUUGAUAAUGAGGGGUCUAAUGAUAAUGAUAAUAAUGGAAAUAAUGAUAGCGUGGAAGAUAGUGAUGGACACGAAAAACAGAAAAAAGAAAGAAAAACGAAGAAGAAAAGGAAUAAAGAAGAAAUGCAGAACAUAGAGCAUGGUGACCCUCAUGUAGCAGAUCAAACGACGACAAGCAACCAAGAUCAUAGAGCUGGAGACUUGAACACCAAGAAAAAUAAAAAGCAAAAAAAAGAAAUAAGCAGUGACAGUGUUAGUGAGACAGAGGUCCCUGGAGACGAACAGACGAAUGGAACAGGACAUGUUGAUGAUCGGGAAGACGAAGAAAAAGAUACGGACGAGGUUACAGGAGACACUAUCUGUACGGAAGUGAACACAGCACAGAGUAAGAAGAAACGAAGAAAGAAGAAGAAACAGAAACAAGAUGUGCUGUCGACAGUAGACUUCACAGAAACACAGAUUGAUAGUGAAAUGAAAAGUAAAAACAAUAACCGGAAGAGAAAAUUAGACGCGGAACCGAAUGAAAUAAAGAAGAAGAAGAAUACAGCUGACAGAAAAAUAUCACACAAGGGAAAGAACAACACUAGCUCUGAUCCCUUGAGUACUUCCGACGAGCGACUGAAAGCGUACGGUCUGAACCCUAAGAAGUAUAGGAGUUUCUUGAAAUACAAGAAGUUUUAAUGUAACAUUAAGAUAUGUGUAUAUAACAACAAAUAUAUUAUUAAAAUAUCUGUUUAAAAAAAA